AUGGCACCUACCAUUCAUCAGAGCACAUAUGUCACCUUCCUCUCACCAGAGCCCAUGUCACCUUCCACUCACCAGAGCCCACAUGUCACCUUCCUCUCACCAGAGCCCACGUCACCUUCCUCUCACCAGAGCCCACACGUCACCUUCCACUCACCAGAGCCCACAUGUCACCUUCCACUCACCAGAGCCCACAUGUCACCUUCCUCUCACCAGAGCCCACAUGUCACCUUCCACUCACCAGAGCCCACAUGUCACCUUCCUCUCACCAGAGCCCACGUCACCUUCCACUCACAAGAGCCCACAUGUCACCUUCCACUCACCAGAGCCCACGUCACCUUCCUCUCACCAGAGCCCACAUGUCACCUUCCUCUCACCAGAGCACAUGUCACCUUCCUCUCACCAGAGCCCACAUGUCACCUUCCUCUCACCAGAGCCCACAUGUCACCUUCCUCUCACCAGAGCCCACAUGUCACCUUCCACUCACCAGAGCCCACAUGUAACCUUCCUCUCACCAGAGCCCACAUGUCACCUUCCUCUCACCAGAGCCCACAUGUCACCUUCCUCUCACCAGAGCCCACAUGUCACCUUCCAUUCACCAGAGCCCAUGUGUCACCUUCUUCUCACCAGAGCCCACGUCACCUUCCUCUCACCAGAGCCCACAUGUCACCUUCCUCUCACCAGAGCACAUGUCACCUUCCUCUCACCAGAGCCCACAUGUCACCUUCCUCUCACCAGAGCCCACAUGUCACCUUCCACUCACCAGAGCCCACAUGUCACCUUCCUCUCACCAGAGCCCACAUGUCACCUUCCUCUCACCAGAGCCCACAUGUCACCUUCCUCUCACCAGAGCCCACAUGUCACCUUCCUCUCACCAGAGCCCACAUGGCCCCUACCAUUCACCAGAGCACAUAUGUCACCUUCCACUCACCAGAGCCCACAUGUCACCUUCCACUCACCAGAGCCCAGAUGUCACCUUCAUCUCACCAGAGCCCACAUGCCACCUUCCAAUCACCAGAGCCCAUGUGUCACCUUCCACUCCCCAGAGCCCAUUUGUCACGACUCGCUUGUCAAAGUUCUGGUCAUUAUAAGAGUGUGAUGUAG